AUGAGCUUCAGAGAUGACAAGGAAGCCGACGCUGUGGCCCACGUGGAGGAUGGGCCCACCGAAGAGCCUGUCAAAUCCAACGAGCUUGCGAAACAGGCAGCUCAAGAGGAGCACCAAUUGACUCUCGCCCGCGCCCUGCGCAAGCAUCCCAAGGCCGUCAUGUGGUCGAUUCUACUGUCGACCUCGAUCAUUAUGGAAGGCUACGACAUCGUCCUCAUGUCCUCUUUCUUUGCCCAGCCGGCUUUCUCCCGACGUUACGGCGAAUACAUUCCCAGCAGCAACAGCUACCAGAUUUCCGCGUCCUGGCAGAAUGGCCUCAGCAACGCCGUUUCUGUGGGUACCAUUAUCGGCGCCUUCGCUAAUGGAUAUUUCACCCAUUGCCUGGGCUACCGCAAGGUGUUACUGGCCAGUCUGGCAGCUAUCACUGCCUUUAUAUUCAUUCCCUUCUUUGCACCAAACCUGCCCGUUCUUCUGGUCGGCGAAUUCCUCUGCGGUAUUCCAUGGGGUGUCUUCGCAACCAUGGCGCCUGCAUAUGCCUCGGAGAUUUGCCCCAUGGCCCUUCGUGGCUACCUCACCGUAUAUGUGAACCUUUGCUGGGCCAUUGGCCAGCUUAUUUCCGCUGGAGUGCAGUCUGCGUUCUCUGGGAACGACACACAAUGGGGAUAUCGCCUGCCCUUUGCCAUACAGUGGGUAUGGCCUCUUCCACUCUUCUUGGUCUUGUUCUUUGCGCCAGAGUCACCCUGGUAUUUCGUCAGACAAGGUGAUUAUGUCUCCGCUGAAAGAAGCAUGGCCCGUCUCGGUUACUCCAACGCGAGUGGCGAAGUCACACGAGCUAUAGCGAUGAUGAUCCACACCGACGAGCUGGAGAAGCAGAUCGACCAAGGUACAAGCUUCUGGGAUUGCUUCAGAGGGAUUGAUCGACGCCGAACCGAAAUCGUGUGCAUGGUAUUUGCUGCUCAGCCUUUCUGUGGCUCCGCCAUGGGUGGCACUCCGACGUAUUUCUUCGUUCAAGCCAGUCUGCCGACUUCGAUCUCAUUCAAAAUGUCAGUGGGUGGGCUCGGCCUAGCCUCCGUCGGAACGAUCAUCUCCUGGUAUCUCUUGCAUACAUUUGGCCGCCGUACUCUGUACCUCUGGGGCCUGGGCCUUCUGACAAUAGUCUUGAUGGUGGUUGGCUUCGUGUCAGUAGGGGCUGGGAAUUCCGUGGGUGGGAACUACGCCCAAGCAACGAUGAUGCUUAUCUGGCUUCUCGUCUACUAUCUCACCGUAGGACCCAUCUGCUACGCGAUCAUCAGUGAAACCUCUUCCACCCGGCUCCGAAGCAAGUCUGUUUGCCUGUCUCGAAUUACCUACUACAUCGCACAGAUUAUCUGCAACGUCGUCAAUCCUUACAUGCUCAACCCCACAGCAGGAAACUGGAAAGGGAAGACCGGUUUCUUCUGGGCCGGCUGCGCCUUUUUGUUUUUCAUUUGGACGUACUUCCGCCUGCCCGAGACGAAGGGCAAGACAUUUGAAGAGUUGGAUAUCCUAUUUGCGAGGAAGAUCUCAGCUCGAAAGUUCGCCAAGUAUCGCGUGGAUGCCUACACAGAGGGGGAUCAGGCUCUUUCAAAGGAGGAAUAA